AUGCGACGCGAGUAUGGUGAUGACGAUGAUGAUGAAGAGGAAGAGGAAGAGCAACCAGGCUGCGCUAAUGAUGAUCAGAAUUCCAGACCCUCCAAUGAGGGAAUCCUCGGCGUCGAUGGAUUCACGAGGAAGAAUGCGAUGGAGGAAGACGAGUACUACAGCUUGACAGAGAGUCGUUGGGUGCAUAGGGUCUUCGAAGAGGACUAUGAAAAUAUCGGUGAUGAUGACCAUGUCAGUGACGAGGCCAGUGACGAAAUUGAAGAGGAUGCAGCCAGCACUAGCGACAACUUGUGGUCCUGGUGA